CCCCGUUCGGAGAUGAUUGUGCUAUUCCUCUUUGCCUUGCUCUGCAUGGUGGAGGGGGCCCUGUGCCAGCUCCAUUACACCGUGCAGGAAGARCAGGAGCAUGGCACGUUCGUGGGGAAUAUCGCCGAGGACCUGGGCUUGGACAUUACAAAACUUUCGGCUCGCCGCUUCCAGACGGUGCCCAACUCCCGCAGCCCAUACCUGGAGCUCAACCUGGAGACGGGCGUGCUCUACGUGAACGAGAAGAUCGACCGGGAGCAGAUUUGCAAGCAGAGCCCCUCCUGCCUGCUGCACCUCGAGGUCUUCCUGGAGAACCCCCUGGAGCUGUUCCGCGUGGAGAUCGAGGUGCUGGACAUCAACGACAACCCGCCCGCCUUCCCGGAGCCCGACCUCACCGUGGAGAUCUCGGAGAGCGCCACGCCGGGCACCCGCUUCCCGCUCGAGAGCGCCUUCGACCCCGACGUGGGCACCAACUCGCUGCGCACCUACGAGAUCACCCCCAACAGCUACUUCUCCCUCGACGUGCAGACGCAGGGCGACGGCAACCGCUUCGCCGAGCUGGUGCUCGACAAGCCGCUGGACCGCGAGCAGCAGGCGCUGCACCGCUACGUGCUCACGGCCGUGGACGGCGGGCAGCCGCAGCAGCGCACGGGCACGGCGCUGCUCACCGUGCGGGUGCUCGACUCCAACGACAACGUGCCCGCCUUCGAGCAGCCCGUCUACACCGUGUCGCUGCCGGAGAACUCGCCGCCCGGCACGCUCGUGCUGCAGCUCAACGCCACCGACCCGGACGAGGGCCAGAACGGCGAGGUCAUCUACUCCUUCAGCAGCCACAUCUCGGCRCGCGCCCGCGAGCUCUUCGGCAUCGCGCCGCGCACCGGCCGCCUCGAGGUGAGCGGCGAGCUCGACUACGAGGAGAGCAGCGUCUACCAGGUGUACGUGCAAGCCAAGGACCUGGGGCCCAACGCUGUGCCCGCGCACUGCAAGGUGCUCGUGCGCGUGCUGGACGCCAACGACAACGCGCCCGAGAUCAGCUUCUCCACGGUGAAGGAGGCGGUGAGCGAGGCGGCGGCGCCGGGCACCGUGGUGGCCCUCUUCAGCGUCUCGGACCGCGACUCGGAGGAGAACGGGCAGGUGCAGUGCGAGCUGCUGCAGGGCGACGCGCCCUUCCGCCUCAAGAGCUCCUUCAAGAACUACUACACCAUCGUGACCGAGGGCCCGCUGGACCGCGAGCAGCCCGGCGGCGACGCCUACACGCUCACCGUGGUGGCGCGGGACCGCGGCGAGCCGCCGCUCAGCACCAGCAAGUCCAUCCAGGUGCGCGUCAGCGACGUGAACGACAACGCGCCGCGCUUCAGCCAGCCCGUCUACCAGGUCUACGUGAGCGAGAACAACGUGCCCGGCGCCUACAUCUACGCCGUGAGCGCCACGGACCGCGACCAGGGCGCCAACGCGCAGCUCGCCUACUCCAUCCUCGAGAGCCAGAUCCAGGGCAUGUCCGUCUUCACCUACGUCUCCAUCAACUCCGAGAACGGCUUCCUCUACGCGCUGCGCUCCUUCGACUACGAGCAGCUCAAGGAGUUCAGCUUCCAGGUGGAAGCGCGCGACGCCGGCGAGGAGCCGCAGCCGCUGGCGGGCAACGCCACCGUGCACAUCGUCGUCGUGGACCAGAACGACAACGCGCCGGCCAUCGUGAGCCCGCUGCCCGGCCGCAACGGCACCCCGGCGCGCGAGGCGCUGCCGCGCGGCGCCGAGCCGGGCUACCUGGUGAGCCGCGUGGCGGCCGUGGACGCCGACGAGGGCGAGAACGCGCGCCUCACCUACAGCAUCGCCCGCGGCAACGAGGCGAGCCUCUUCCGCAUGGACUGGCGCAGCGGCGAGCUGCGCACCGCGCGCCGCGUGCCCGCCAAGCGCGACCCGCAGCGCCCCUACGAGCUGGUGGUCGAGGUGCGCGACCACGGGCAGCCGCCGCUCUCCUCCACCGCCGCCAUCCAGGUGGUGCUGGUGGACGGCGCGGCCGAGCGGCCCGGCGGCGGAGGCGGCCUGGGCGCGGGGGCGGGCGCGGGGGGCGGCGGAGGCGGCGGCGGCGGCGAGCACCGGCCCAGCCGCUCCGGCGGCGACACCUCGCUCGACCUCACGCUCAUCCUCAUCAUCGCCCUGGGCUCCGUGUCCUUCAUCUUCCUGCUGGCCAUGAUCGUGCUGGCCGUGCGCUGCCAGAAGGAGAAGAAGCUCAACAUCUACACGUGCCUGGCCAGCGACUGCUGCCUGGGCUGCUGCUGCUGCUGCCCGUGCUGCAGCCGCCAGGCGCGGGCCCGCAAGAAGAAGCUCAGCAAGUCGGACAUCAUGCUCGUGCAGAGCUCCAACGUGCCCAGCAACCCGGCGCAGGGGCCGGCCGAGGAGGCGGGCACCUUCGGCUCCCACCACCACAACCAGAACUACUGCUACCAGGUCUGCCUCACGCCCGAGUCCGCCAAGACCGACCUCAUGUUCCUCAAGCCCUGCAGCCCCUCCCGCAGCACCGACGCCGAGCACAACCCCUGCGGCGCCAUCGUCACCGGCUACGCCGACCAGCAGCCCGACAUCAUCUCCAACGGCAGCAUCCUAUCCAGCGAGACGAAGCAUCAGCGUGCCGAGCUCAGUUAUCUAGUUGAUAGACCUCGACGGGUAAACAGUUCUGCAUUCCAGGAAGCAGACAUAGUAAGCUCUAAGGACAGUGGUCAUGGAGACAGUGAGCAAGGAGACAGUGAUCAUGAUGCCACUAAUCGAGGUCAAUCCUCUGGCAUGGAUCUCUUCUCCAAUUGCACGGAGGAAUGUAAAGCACUGGGCCACUCGGAUCGGUGCUGGAUGCCUUCCUUUGUUCCAUCCGAUGGACGCCAAGCUGCAGAUUACCGCAGCAAUCUGCACGUUCCUGGCAUGGACUCUGUUCCAGACACUGAAGUGUUUGAAACGCCAGAAGCCCAGCCUGCGGCGGAAAGGUCCUUCUCCACCUUUGGCAAAGAGAAGGCCCUUCACAACACUCUGGAGAGGAAGGAGUUGGAUGGACUGCUGUCUAAUACACGAGCGCCUUACAAAGCACCAUAUUUGAGAACAAUGCAGAUGCUAUUUUAGAAGUGAGGGGAAAAUGGCUUCCCUUGGAUCGUGGCUCCAGCRAAGAAGGCAUCGUGCAGUGCUCUUGUAGAAAGACAAGACCUUGAGUCUUGUCAGUGUGACGUGGUUGUCAGAAAAGCAGUAUCUGCUGGGAGCAUUGGGUGGGGAAGGUUUUCUGAAGCUGCAUUAGUUUCAAAGUUUGUUUGGAUAGACAGCGUAAGCAUAGCCAGACCAACAAUUUUAAGAGUAAAGUUAAGAUAAAUUUUUCUUUCCACUGUCCUAGAAACUUCUUUAGGUUACUGAGUGGUACACCAGGAAGUACAUGUAUUGUAUUAAAAUAACUACUUACAUAUUUACUAUUAAGGAUUUGGAAGGAAGAAUAAGCUUUCCACUGAUGAUCUUUCUACUGGCACAGUAUUGACUUUUCUCAGGGCUAUUCAGUGCCUUCUGUCUGGUUCCAAAAUCUUACCUCUUUCUUGAAUCACCUUUUGAUGGUGGAUGGGUGGCAGGAAAGAGUGUGGCUGAUCUCAGAAACCUUCAUAAUUCAUUUUAGAUUCUGAGACAGAUGUAGAAUCCUUGAAAAUUACUUCAAGCUAAUAUGUUUUUCUAUUUAUUAGCCUUCUUUAUUUUCUUAGAGACUUUUAUCGGGUUGACUUCAAGAGUUUAUGGUGCCUGUCUCAUCCAAAAAAAUUUCAAGGACAUUAACGCUGWAAUACUGAUCCUUUCUAAAGCAACAGUAGUCUCUUAGGACAGAAGAUAAGGAAAAGAAAUAAAUUACUUUCAGUGAUAUAUGCUUUUAAUUUCCAAAGCAUUUAGUUGUUAAGAAAGG